AUGGCCUUCAAUACUCUUCUUCAGGUUCUCUUCUUUUCCAUCCUCUCCUUCGCUUCGUCCGCUCUGGCCGCCUUUGGCGUCACCACUUCGGGCAGCAACUUUGUCAUCGAUGCCGGCUCAUCCAACCCUCUCGUCUUCCAAGUUUCCCAGUCCAGCUGCGAUAUCAACUCCAUCAAGUACCGCGGCAAUGAGCUCCAGUACGCGAGCAAGGGCAGCCACAUCAGCUCCGGCCUUGGUUCUGCCACCGUCGAGGCAACCACUGUCACAGCCAGCACCGGAAAGGUCAUCAAGGUGACUUGCACCACCUCGACUCUGACGCACUACCUCAUCGUCAAGGAGGGUGAGGCCAACAUCUACAUGGCCACCUACACCACCGCCGAGCCCGACAUCGGCGAGCUUCGCUGGAUCUCGCGUCUCAACAAGGACAUCCUCCCUAGCGAAUACCCAUUCGGCUCCGUCUCUACCACUGCCGGCUCCAGCUCCGCCGUCGAGGGCUCCGACGUUUUUGUCGUCAACGGCCAGACCCGAUCCAAGUUCUACUCCAGCGAGCGCUUCAUCGACGACAAGGUCCGCUGCGUCUACGGCACCAGCCCCGAGGAGAUCCACGUUUGUGUGUCCGUCGAGCCCAAGACCGGCUUCGAGCUGUCCUCCGGCGGCCCCUUCUUCCGCGACAUCAACUCCAACAACGCGGGCGACUCCACCAACCUGUACAACUACAUGAACAGCAACCACGCCCAGACCGAGUCCUACCGUAUGGGUCUGCACGGCCCUUACGUCCAGUCCUUUUCCCGCUCCGGCAUUCCCAAGAACACCGACUUCGACUACUCCUUCUACAGCGAGCUCGGCCUCAAGGGCUAUGUUGCCAGCUCUGGUCGUGGUACCGUCUCCGGCACCGCCUCCGGCAUCUCCGGCAGCUUCCAGCGCGUUGUCCACUGGUACAACGCCAACGCCCAGUACUGGACCUACGCCUCUUCCACCGGCGCCUUCACCUCGCCCCUGAUGAAGCCAGGCACCUACACCAUGGUCCUCUACCAGACUGAGUUCAAGGUCGUCACCAGCUCUGUCACCGUCACCGCCGGCAAGACCACCACCGCCAACAUCGCCAGCGGCCUGAUCUCGCACACCAGCCUCUGGAAGAUUGGCGAGUACGACGGCCAGCCAACCGGCUUCCGCAACGCCGACAAGCAGCUCCGCAUGCACCCGUCCGACAGCCGCAUGAGCAGCUGGGGCCCCCUCACCUACACAGUCGGCUCCUCCGCCGCUACUGACUUCCCCAUGGCCAUCUUCACCGCCGUGAACAACCCCGUCACCAUCAAAUUCAACCUCGCCUCUGCCCCUGGCGCCGCCACCCUCCGCAUCGCUACUACCCUUGCCUUCGCCAGCGGCCGCCCCCAGGCCAAGGUGAACAGCUGGACCGGCCCGGCUCCCGCUGCGCCCACCAAGAUCGACUCUCGUGGCGUCACUCGCGGUGCUUACCGCGGCCUCGGCGAGGUCUACGACGUCAGCAUUCCUGCUGGUACCCUCGUUGCUGGAGCCAACACCAUCACCAUCUCUGUCAUUUCCGGCAGCACCGGCACGACCUUCCUGAGCCCCAGUGUUAUCUUUGACGCUGUGGAGCUCUUCCACUAA